AUGGAAUACCAUUACAGUAUACAUGCACAAAUUCAUUUAACAAUAUUAAGGGAAUUAGAGUUUGUAAUACGCGUGUGUUGCUGAUUACGUAUAAAUAAUCGAUCUUGCGCUGAACCAGCGUAUACGUCACUAUCACCGACGUCACUGGAGAACCGGCUGUAGCAGCUAACAUGAAGCAAGACUAGUGUGUAUUCGGUGGGAGGUAGAAGCAGUAGGAGAGGAAACCCUCCCUUUUAUACAUAAUGAAAGUGGGAGUAGGUUGUAGAGGAGAAGUGAAAGAGAAUGAAGGGAGGGGAAUUGACGUUGUCAAGAACGAAGAGACAAGAAGAAAAAGGGAGAAGAAGAUAAGAGAGAACUUACUAACACACGCGCAUACACAGAUGCACACGCGUGCGCGGAUUGAUACGAAGAGCGGGGAUUGGCUGGCAGCUGCUCAGCGUUUCCAAAUAUGGGACAGGCUCUGCGGUCCAUUCAUAAAACUACGGGGCGCGCCGCCGUUUAGUUCAGUCUGUGUGCGACCCCCACGCAUUCAGUGUCAUUGGUACCGCAUACAGCAUCACAGUCACGCACGUACGGAAACAUGCGUCUAACCAAAUACGUUCAUAAUUAAAAUUGAUUUUGCAUAAAUAUGAAGGCAACAGUACAAAAAUAAAUAACUUGAAAAUUAUAAAAUAUUUAUUCAGUCCAUAAAGUGCUGCUAAGCUUAAAUAGCAUUAUUGUUAUUUUUUUAACAAAAAAAUAGUGCCGAAAAUGUAAAAUUUAUUACUUAUAUUUUGUAAAAUGAUUCAUUUACUCAUCUAAAAAUAUCAUAAGUACGAAAAAACAUAGUAAUUUUAGAUAAUGACUAUGGAUGGAAUGGAAGUGAUAGGAUCUCAUGCUCAUCCUGCAGCAACUAGUCCUUUUUUAUUAUCAUCACCACCUCUUAGUCAUCACCAUGCAACCUUUAACGUGCAAACAGUGCAAUUAAGUUUUGAUGCAUGCUUGACGUAUAAUACCUCAACUACGUGUGGUGCUAAUAAUACUGGUUGUAUUAGUAGUGUUAAUAUACUCUCUGGAACGUCACCAUCCACAUCUAUAAGUGCUGCAGGCUCUGCUGCGGUACCAGCAGCAAUAGCAACAUCAACAGUAACAUCACUGGCUUCAAAAACGGUGCCUACAUUAACAUUAACUACUUUACCUAUUCAUCGGCAAUGUAUUAUUGAAAACUCGAUAGAACAGCAUCAGAGAACAACUGAUAUUGAUAAUCCGGAAUUAAGACAACUUAAUAUAGAACAACCUUCGCAAUUACUGGAUAAAUCUGUUAGUAUUAAAAAACGACGAUUUCAACGAACAAAUUGUGAUGGAAAUAAUAAAGAAUGUACUGUAGAGUGUCAAGACGUUGAACCAAGUUCGGACGAAAAGGACAAGCCAGGCGAUCUUAACACACCAGUUACAACCAGUAGUGAUUUGCCUUCAUUUUUUGGACCUGCAGCACUUGUAGAACCACCACCUAUUUCAGGUACCUUAACAGGAGCUAAUCUGUCAUUAGCAGAAGCAACAUUGGAUAAUGAAUCAUCUUCAAAUACAGCUACUAGGGAACACAAUACUGAUCAUCAGAACCAUCACCAAGAACGACAUGAAAACCAAGAAGUGGCUACAUCUACAACUGUAUCUUCUAAUUUUCCAACAGUUCAAGAUCACGAAGAAAAAUGUAACGUUCUGCAAGGAGGUGUAAUUUUAUAUUCAUCUCCACAUUCUUCUACUUCAAUUUCUUCGGCUCCUUCGACGAGUGUCAAUGUUUGUAAUAUGCCUACAUUAAGAUAUAGUGCAGUUUUCGCAACGGCUUGCACACAAGCAUCAGCAUUAAAUAAUCUCCAUAAUCAGCAGGCGCAUUCACAACAAUCACAAGUUAUACAACCUCAAUCAAAUCAAGAUCUUUGGGGAUCCUUACCAUCCCCAACUCUUAAUUUGAGUAAUCAAUCAUUUCUUCAUUCAUCAUCUUUGCAAACUGGGUCAUACGGGUCUGAUACUAUUGAACUUUUACAAGUAGAUUCAAAACCACCUAUAGUCACUAAUUAUCACGAUUCAGCUAAUUCAGUUCCAAGUAACUGGUUAAUUUCCCACGAUGAACCCUAUGAAUCUAAUAUUUUAUCUCAUCACGUGAUUCAACAUCAUCAGCAAGGUACUAUUUUAAAACAAGAACCAAAUAGUACCUAUUCACAUACGAUUUCACAACAAUCUAUUCAACAACCAACUUCAACUAAUAAUGGUGGAGUACAACUUGCUGAAUACAAUCCCAGUACCUCAAAAGGUCAUGAAAUUUUAUCUCAGGUAUAUCAACAAAGUACAAUACCUUUAAGAUUAGUACCUGUCAAACCAAGAAAAUAUCCAAAUCGACCUAGUAAAACUCCUGUUCACGAACGUCCAUAUGCUUGUCCUGUAGAUGGAUGUGAUCGUCGAUUUUCUAGGAGUGAUGAACUUACUAGACAUAUUCGUAUACAUACAGGGCAAAAACCAUUCCAGUGUCGUAUUUGCAUGCGCUCUUUUUCAAGAAGCGAUCAUUUAACAACUCAUGUGCGUACACAUACAGGUGAAAAACCAUUCUGCUGUGAUCAAUGUGGACGUAAGUUUGCUAGAAGUGAUGAGAAAAAAAGGCAUGCUAAAGUGCACCUUAAACAAAGACUUAAACGUGAGGGAAAUCAUACUAAUGCGCGAAACAGUCAAAUUCCCAUGCAUUGUGUUCCGCCUAGCAAUCAAUAAUAAUCGAGACUUUUUUAAUGGUCAAAUAACUUCCAUGAAAAACAAUGUUCAGUUUCGCGUGUAAAUAAACUGUUUAUUAUUAAGAAUUGUGUGUACGUAGUAUGAAUGAUGAAAAAAGUGUGCAAAAUGUUUUUACAGAUGUAUAUUUUCGAUUAUAAAUGUAUAUAUGAUUAAUCAAGUGUAAAUAUUGGAAUAUUGUACAAGUCUAUAUGUUUUAAAUUUAUUAUCGAAAAAUAUAUUACUUAUGAUUCUUACCCAAUAUAUUAUAGACAUUUUAUAUAUAUAUAUAUAUAUGUGUAUGUAUGCAUUUAUGGGGGGGGGGGCGUGAGUGCAUCGUUCUGCAUAAUGAAAAAAAGAAUUUUUUUAUCUAAAAAUUGUAAAAAUGUGUUCACAUAAUAUGUAAUAUUUUAAGAACCAUGUUAUAAUUCCUUUGACUCUUUGUCUACUAAGUUAAGCUCUGUCGAAGUUGCCUUAACAAAAUUUAAUAAUGUAUUUGCUUCAAUUGUUUCAUUUUGCUUGUUAUGGAUAUAAUAAUCAUAUAAUAAUGUCUGCAUGACAGAAUUUUUCACAAACUAUACAUGUUUUUUUUUAUUUCUACAUUUUUAUAAAAAAAAAUCCAAGCUUAUGCAAGUUUAUAAAUUUUUAAUAAAACCUUUAUUUUAAAAAGUCAAGAUUAUUUUUCAUUUAGAUAAAGUAUCAACGCUAAACGUAUUAAAAAUAGCUUUAUCGUAUAUUUAGAUGAAUUAAUUCAGAAUAGUUGUAGACUUGGAUCUUUUUUUAAAUUUCACACUUGAAAAAGUCCCGGGCAUCCGCAGUACAAAUCGCCGAUAACCAGCGCCCCGCCAGAUUUUCAUACAGAGGAGCCACGAAUUUCGGACUCCAGCGGCCUGAAAUCGCUGUGCUGCCGUUCAGUAAGCAACGGGAGGGGAGAGGAUCUCUUCGAAGAGCAAAAAAGUGCGCGUAAGAGGUCGGUAUAAAGAAGGGAGGAAGCGUGGCUACAUAACCUCACUUUUAACCUUCUGCGCAUUCGAUGUGGGUCUACCGUGCAUCUGCUUUGUUUUAGUACGAUUUCCGGGCCCCUGGAGUCCGAAAAUCAUCGGCACGGAACUACACGUCGUUUCGUGGAGUGGAAGCACAGGCUCGUGCCGCGGGUGCCCGAGACUUUUUUCAGUGCACGCUUUCAUAUUUUAUAACAUAUAUUAUUUCGUAUAAUUAUAAAUAAAAAA